AUGGCAGACGCCUCACCCUCCACCAUCGCCGCCUUCCAAACAGGAAACCACUCGGUGAUAUGUUACUUUUCCGCGGGAAGUAGGGAGGAAUAUCGUGGUGAUGCGGGGGAUUUUCCACAGGAGGCCGUUGGGAAGGUUAUGGCGGGGUGGGAGCAGGAGAGGUGGGUGGAUACGAGGAGUGAGGGGGUUCGGGAGGUGAUGAGGAGGAGGAUUGAGGAGGCUGCUGGGAAGGGGUGUGGGGGUGUUGAUGCUGAUAAUAUCGAUGGGUAUAGUAAUGACUCCGGCUUCGAUCUCACGGCCGAUGACGCGGUGGAUUUUGUACGAUUUCUCGCACACACGACGCAUGAAGCGGGUAUGGCGUUCGGGUUAAAGAAUGGAGGGGAUAUUGUGGAGAGGGUGGUGGAUGUGGUGGAGUGGUGUGUGCAAGAGGAGUGUGUGAGGUAUGGGGAGUGUGGGUUAUAUCGAGCGGUGAUUGAGGCCGGGAAGCCGGUUUUUCAUAUCGAGUAUGUGGAUGGUGGUGGGGAGGGGAAGAGUCAUGAUGAUGGGGAUGAGGAGAAGUUUGUGGAGGAGGCUUGUAAAGGGGAGGGAACGGAGGGCUUUUCUACUUUGGUGAAGAAGUUGAGUUUGGAUGGGUGGACUCGAACUUGUUCCGCUCCCUAG